AUGGUGGCGACGUUGAUUAGAAGCUUGCUCCGUGAUUGGAAACGGAUGCAGCAUACAGGUCUGAGGGGCAAUUCAAGUGAAAAUAGGGAAGAAGUUAACGGUAAUGCAAAUAAUAUUUUACCGUACAUUAAACCUCAGGACAAUAAUGUGCACAUAUGGCAUGUAGUUUUAUAUGAUGAUUUACAAGAGCUUGAGAUAUAUUGCAUGUGUUACUUUAAGGUACGUAAUGACGCAGAACCGACUGUUGUUAUGAGGUGUUGUACGCCGAACUCUUGCGUACCAAUGAAUAGAAAUGUAUGUUUAAGCUACCUAUCACCGAUAUUAUCUCAGGGUUGGUUAGCAUUUUACGCUCAGCUCAGGUCUAUGUUUUUUGAGUGUGUUGAGCAUAGAGAAUCCGGUGAACUGAUGAAGACAUGGAAUCGGGUUGUUUGUAAGGAAUUUGGGUGGAAUUUCCCAACUUUAAUGGAUAAUUACAACGUUACGCAGGAGGGGUUAAAUUAUGUGAAUGAGUUGCUUGCGAACGAGAACUUUAGCAUGAGAAAAAAGCGGGAGAGAUUGAAUCAAGGUUUUAAAUUCCAACUAGAGGGUUUAAGUCCUCAGAAUGAUUUAUUGGCCUGUGAUAACGGCGCUCGUGGCGGCAGUGCCAGUAGUGACGAUGCAUGCCUGACACGCUCAGUGAAGCGCCAGACGCUCCAAGGCCGGCCAUUGUCGAGGCUCAACGAGAUUGAGGACGACGAUUACAGGAGGAAAAGACAAUAA